UUAGCUUAUUCAAACUUAUUAUUCACUAUAUUUUGAUUUUAUUUCGAUUUUACUCCAAAAUAAUACCCUAAUUUUACCGAUACAAUAAAUAUUUUAUCAAUACAAAACCGUUGAACCCAUAUAUCGGACUGACUAAUACAAACGACUUUCGCUAUGAUUUCACAAACCAAGAUCGUGUCUCGUCAUCGCCACCACGGCCCACAGCCAGGCCAAAAAUACCAAGCCAGCAAACGUAAAACGACACCUAGAAUCUCUAAAAGUUGGAUCUGAAUUACCGACAAUGAAAAAGUUGGGUUGGGAGACUUUCUCAAGUAGUUUGCCACUUUGCCACGAGGGAGAGGAGCGGACCAUUCUCCAUUCUCCACAUCCCCGAGCCAUCCAUUCCCCACCUCUAAGCCCUACAUUUAUGCUCUCUGCUCGACUCAAGUAGAGUUGCAGAGCAUCAGCAGCAGCCGCCGCCAUGAAUGUUAUAGCAGCAUUCGCCGGCUUUCUCGUGGCUUGUUUGGUGGCAUUUACCCUUCAGGUCUUCUUCACCUCCCCAAUUUCUCCCGACGCACUCCACCUCCCUUCUCUCUCUGGCCCUCAACCGAACAACGAAUUACAGAAGGUGAGCAAAAUAGGGGAAGGAGUGAUUGAUGGGCCAGAGGAUCUUUUCGUGGACAAGGAUGGAGUUCUGUACACAGUGACCAGAGAUGGUUGGAUCAAAAGAAUGAGAAUCCAUGGAGAUGGCUCCUUCGAGAACUGGAUGAGGAUCGACAGCUCCGCUGGCCUUGGUAUCACGCCUUCCAAGGAUGGUGGAGUUCUCAUCGCCGAUGCUGAAUUGGGUUUGCUCAAGGUUACUGAUGCAGAUGGCCCUACUGUCCUUGCAUCGCACAUCAAUGGAGCCGAGAUAAGAUUUGCAGAAGAAUUGGUGGAAUCUUCAGACGGGACCGUGUAUCUCAGCAUUCCAUCCACCAAAUUUGGGUACCACAACUGGUAUCAUGACAUUCUGGAGGCAAAACCAAAUGGCCAGAUUCUCAAGUACGAUCCAUCUACCAAUCAGACGACCGUUCUUCUCGACAAUCUUUGUUUCCCCAACGGGGUUGCACUUCCCAAAGAAGAAGACUAUCUCGUGUUCUGCGAGACAUGGAAGUUUAGAUGCCAGAAGCACUGGUUAACUGGGGAGAAGAAAGGCAAGACUGAAAUAUUCGUGGAGAACCUCCCUGGGGGACCUGACAACAUACAUUUGGCUCCCGAUGGAUCGUUCUGGAUCGGUCUAAUACAGAUAGUCUCUGAAGGCCAAGGGUUUCUGCAUGCUUCAAAGCUGCUCAAACACUUGGUAGCAUGGUCUCCAAAGCUGCAGGAUUUCCUGUCGAGGGUGCUUUUCACAAAGGCUAGAGUUGUGAAUGUGGGAGCAGAUGGAAGCAUCAUCAGGAUGCUUGAUGACCCUAGUGGAGAAGUGAUCAGUUUCGUGACCGCUGCUUUCGAGUUUGAAGGACAUCUCUACCUGGGCAGCCUGACUGGAAAGUUCAUUGGCAAGUUGCCUCUAUCCGGAACAUGAGUGACUCGGGGAAAAUUAUGAUUCAAAGCGAAGCUUGGAGGAAACCUAUGGCUCUCCCACACCCCAGCAGAGAUAUGGUGUUCACAGAUAAGAGGGAAGGGGAGACUGCUGGCUUCAAGGGGUUAGGAGGAAUCGUUUUGGUUGUUUUACUAUACAGGCCUUGUUACGUUUUUCCUUGGACAAUUUAUGCUUGGUAUAGGGUUAAUCAUGAAUCCUUCUAAUUCUCGUCAUAUGUUCUUCCUCCAAAGCAUAAUCUGCUCUACUUUUGUUCUUUAUUCCUUAAUUCCUUUGGUCAUUGAGGGGACGUCAAGAUGAUAGACGUUUUAUUUAUUUGGGAUUAAUGUCGGUUUGAAUUAUUUAGUUCGGGAUUAAAUUGGUUAUUGGGCA